AUGGCGCCACGCGACGCACUGAGUGAGAAGUCUCCGCUGCUGCCAACUACGGCGGCUUCCAGCUCCGAGGAGCCGGCGGUGGAUGUCCAGAAGGAGUUCCUGGGUCUGUCCUCCAUCGCGCUGCAGGUAUCGCUCGCUACAUUCGCGCGUAUCGCGCUGUACUCUAUCGACUACGUCUUCUUGGGGCAUCUGGGCACGACAGAACUGGCUGCAGCCUCUUUGGCGUCCGUGUGGACUACAGUGCCGCUGCUGACCGUGUGGUCCAGUAUGUCGGCCAUUGUGACGCUCUGUGGACAAGCGUGGGGAGCUGGCAACGCCAAACUGACGGGUAUCUGGCUGCAAAUGGGAUUAAGUCUGGUGACGCUGUGCACUCCUGCGUUGAUGCUGUACUACUGGUUCGUGGAGUUCGGACUGCGUGCGUCUACAAACGACAAGGAGGUUGUGCGUCUCGGUAUCCGCUUCUCGCGUGUCUUGAUGUUCUCAAUCUGGCCGAACCUCGUGUACGUCUGCUUGCGACUGUACUUCCAGGCCAUGGGGGUGAUGAUGCCGACGACGGUGGUGGGUACACUGUCGAUGGUGGUGUCUGUUGCAGCCAACUACUUUUUCAUCUACGGUGCUUUGGGCUGGACAGGGCUCGGAUUCGACGGGUCUGCGCUGGCAACGGUGGUGGCUUCGUGGUUCCAGCCUGCAGCUCUCACUUGGUACUGUGUCCUUUACAAGAAAAUGCAUCUGCAAGCGUGGGGUGGCUGGGACUUUAGCGAGUUCACCCGUGAGCGCAUGACUGUGUUCUACAACAACUCUGCUCCUGCAGCAGUCAACAGCUUGGUGUCCAAUGUGGCGUCCUCGUCGCUGUCUCUAAUCGCAGCCUGGCUGGGGCCCGAUAUCAUCGCUGCCAACGCGAUCGUAUCGGGUUUCUGGCGCUUGCUGUGGGCGCUUUUCUGGGGUUUUGGGUCCGGCACACAGAUCCGCGUGUCCAAUUUGCUGGGGGCUAACCGACCGAAGGCUGCCAAGACGUUAGGGAUGCUUGGAUUUGGAUGCACCGUUGUCACGGUGACGCUGCUCGCAUUGGUCACGCUUCUGUUCCGCGCCGAUGUGUUCCGAUUGUACACGAACGACGGCGACUUGCUCAACGUGUGCACGUCGGUGCUGCCUGUCUUCAUUGUGGCCUUCAUGGUGGAGGCUACUGAGAUGGUUUUCGCCUCGAUCCUGUCGGCUAUGGGUCAAGUGCAUAUCACGGCGUGGACCAGUACGCUAGCGACGUGGCUCGUGGAGCUGCCAGCUGCGUAUGUGCUUGCCAUCGUGCUGGAGGGAGGCUUCGCAGCGCUCUGGUACUCGAUCUGCCUCAUGGAGGUGCUCAAGCUGGUCGUGUACGCGAUCGUGCUGCGUCGGAUCGACUUUGCAGAGAUGGCACGCGAAGCUGUCAAGAAUAUGGAGGUGGAGGACGAGGAGGUGGAAGUGAAUGUUGCAGUGGCUGAGGGAGGCACCACGGCUCUUGGUGCCAACACUGGUCUGCCGUCACCUGCUCCAACUACGCUCCUGACGCCUACGGGUCUUGUGCAUCAAUGGGACCACGUAGAUGAUGGCCACACCAACGCCAACCCAAGGGGCAAUCUUAGCUGA